AUGUUCGCGUCAAAAGGCCGCUUAUCAACCUUGCUCUUGCGCCGGUGGCACAGGAUGCUGGGUCUCCCUCGCCAGUCACCUCCUCGUUGGUAUCGAGAUCGGCUUCGAGAGGAGCUAUACGAACGCCGUUCAGCGACAACACAUUGGGGCAAAGUCAGUGAGACAUCCGACGUUCUCUUUUCCAUCAGUCGUGCUCUGUAUGAUGGGGUUCCGACGCGCCAACUCCCCGCGCUCUCGCGCCAUAUUCCUGCAUAUAUGUAUAUGGUAGCUAAGUAUACCUUGCGCUGGAAAUUCUAUCGUGUGGCGGGCGGCAUGUGUCACGCACCGUGUCGCGAAUCAAUUCGCGAGGUCAUCAAUCCUGACAGGGACCAUAAGCUCCUCGAAGUAGCGUUGCGUCACGAUAUCGACCCGGUAUCUUUCAAACUCGCCGCCAAGAGGCUCCGACGAUUCUGGCCUCUUCUCCCUUAG